AUGGAGGCGGGCGGCGGCGAUGGGACGCAGCGGUCGUUGAUCGGGCGGCAGGUUUUUUUUUUCCAUCCCGUGCGGGCCUGGGAGCAGGUCGUGGUCGCAGGCAUGGGGGAGCCGCAGGAGAGGGCAGCGGUGGCGGUUGUCCGUUGCAACUCCGGCGAGACGUUCAGCGUCGCCGUGGGCGCGGACUCGCUCUUUGUCCCCAACACCGCGGGCGCCUUGAGCUCCUUCCCCGACGAUCUCCUGGAGUUGCCUGAGCUGCACGAUGCGCUUCUUCUCCAUGUGCUGCGGGGGCGGCAUGCGAGGGACCUAACGUACAUGCGCAUCGGAGAGAUGGUGCUGUCGGUGAACCCCCACAAGCGCAUCGCGGCCCAGAUGGACAGGUGCAUGGGGGCCUACCUUAGCCACCUCGACGCGGCACAGCUGCCGCCGGGCCUCGCCCCGCACGUCUGGGGCGUGGCGCAUCGGGCAUAUGUCGAGAUGCGGGCCCGGCAGGUGAACUACUCCAUUAUUGCCUCGGGGGAGAGCGGCAGUGGAAAAACGGAGGCGUGCAAAAAAAUGCUGAAAUACUUGUGUGCGGCGUCGGAGCGGGUGGGCACCGAUGCCGCCGUCGGCAAACGCAUGCAGCGCAUCAGUGAACGGGUGCAGCUGAGUAGCGUCGUGCUGGAGUCGUUUGGAAACGCCAAGACUGUGAAGAACGACAACAGCUCCCGGUUUGGUAAAUUUAUGGAGGUACAGUUUGAUGCGAAGGGCGUCAUGGUGGGGUUGCGGGUCACGCCGUUCCUGCUGGAGCGCUCCCGUGCCGUCACGUGCGGCGCAGACGAGCGCGUGUAUCACGUCUUUUACCAACUGGUCGCCGGAGCCGACGCGGCCUCGCGGCAACGCCUCCGGCUCGGGUCCGCCCGGGAUUUUGUCCUGCUGGGCAAAGGCGGCUGUCUCCCUUUGAAGACGGGCGACACGGAUGACGCUAGGGCCUUUCAGGUGUUGCAGGCUGCCCUGACGAGCCUCGGGUUUUCCGAGGAGGAGCAGCAGACCCUCUGGAGCGUUGUGGGGGCCGUUCUGCACCUGCAGAACAUCACGUUUGAGAUGCGGCGGGCCGACGACUCCGCCGUGCUGGGCGACGGCGACGCGCAGACCGCGGCGUUUGUCGCCGGGCAGCUGCUGCGCCUCCCCGAUCCGGCGGUGUUCGUGGCGUGCCUCACAACAAGCACCGUCGUCGUCGGCGGCGAUCGCGUGACGAAAAAGCUUUCGCUGCAGAAGGCCGGCGACCAGCGCGACAGCAUCUGCAAGUUCCUCUACUCCAAGCUAUUCCUCUUCGUCGUGCAGAAGGUCAACGCGGCCACCGCGAGUGGGGCGGACUUUGACCACGCGGAGGUUUCGCGCUCGCCGGCGGAGCAUCUACUGUCCUGCGGCCUGUCUCCGCCGCCGACGACAUGGAUCGCGCUGCUGGACAUCUUUGGCUUUGAGGACUUUCCGGUGAACUCGCUGGAGCAGUUUUGCAUCAACCUCGCCAACGAGUCCUUGCAGCGGCAGUACACGGAGAAAAUGUUUCUCGCCGACAUGGAGGAGAUGCGCACGGAGGGGGUGGAACCCAACAUCACGGAGUUUGUAGAUAACCAGCUCUGCCUGGUGCUUCUGCAGGGCUCGAAGAACUCCAUCAUCUCGCACUUGGACGACGCCUCGCGGCUGGAUGUGCAGCGCUCGCACACAAACCCAGACUUUGCGUUUCUCAACGCCAUCACGUCGGCGUUUUGCCCAGACUAUCAGUCAGCGCCCGGGAAGGCGCUGCGGAGUGUGCUGGACCGCGACGAGGCGCUGCGCACCCCCGCUGACUACUUUUACCGGGGGCGCCUGGACGACAGCAGCUUCACGGUGCGGCACUACGCGGGGGACGUCAAGUACUGCGUCAACGGCUUCGUGGAGAAAAACAACGACUACGUGAAGGAUGCCUGUGCGCAGACGCUGCAGAACACCACCUCCUGGGCGCUUCGAGACGUGAUGGGGACGACCGACGCCAUGGUGGGCUUGCUGGGCGACGCAAACGGGCCGGGGUCCCCCGCGCCCGCCACCGCACGUGCGGCGCGCCACACCGUCGCCUCAACCUUUCGCAACUCGCUGCGUCUCCUGAUGGAAAUGCUGAACAGCAGCGAGUGUAACUGGGUGCGCUGCAUCCGCCCCCACGCGAGGCGACAGGCGGGCCUGUUUGACGGAAAGCUGGUGCUGGAGCAACUCGUGGCGACCGGAGUGCUGAGCACCGUGUGGCAGCGCCAGUGCAACUACCCGUUUCGCCUCAGCUGCGGGGAGUUUGUCCGCCACUAUCACCUCUUCGACCCGUCAAGCCCGUCACUGCGGGCAAACAUGCCGCUUAGGGGCAAAUGCUUGGCGUUGCUGCAGACAGCCGGGAUCAGCGAAAAGGCAGCUCAAGUGGGAAGCGCUCGUGUAUUUCUUACGGCAGACGCACACCGAAUGUUGGAGGCCCGGCGGGCGCAACGCGCGCAGGCCGCGGUGAUGGUUGUGGAACAGUACCUGGCCGCCUUCGCCGCCCGCGCGUAUGUGCGUCUGGUGUGUGUGACUCGCCACACCGUCAAAUUGCAACGUAUCUUCCGGGGCAACGUGCGCAUACGACGAUGUGUGCGUCAGUACUAUGCGGAACUGCGUCGCAAACGCCAGGAACGUUUUUUGGAGUUAACAAAAGCGGCGCUGCGUGCCGAGGCAAGCGCCCGUGCGGCGUUGCGCAACGAACGCGAGUGCGAUGUGCGGAAGGAGUGGCUGGAGUUUCGUACCCGUCUUAUCCCGCUAGUGGCGGCCGUGCUGCGAAACUUGAAUGUGGUAGAGGCGAGGCGGAGGGAAGAUACUUGCGCACAGGCUUUUUUGCGCUACGACGCGCUGCGGGACGCGUUUCUGCGGGGGUCCGUCACGGCGUUGGAGCGGCAGCGGCAACGCGUAGCCAUGAAGCGGGCGAUGGACGCCAAGGAGCGUUCGGACCUGCUGGGCGGGGCUCUGGAGGCGUUGCGGGCGGUGGCCGUCGAAGAGGAGGCCGCCUUUCGAGAGUUGCACGACAACGUCCUUGCCCCGGCGGUGAGGCGGCUGAGAGCGCAGGCCCGUCGCAUUCGACGGCUGCGGCGGUGGAGGGAUAAGCGUUUGCGGGAGCUGCACGACGCGCUGGCCUCCGAGGGGCGGCGUUGGGCCGUGGUGGAGGCCGAGGCGCUGCAUCGCGAGGCGGCACGGUGGCGCCGGAUUGUCGGGGAGGAGGCGUACGUGCAGGAGAUGCGGUACUUCGCCGCCCUCGCGGGGGGAGGCUCCGCCGCGUCGCCCGUCUUCCGCGCCUUCCUGCGGGAGGGCGUCCCCUCGGCGGUGCUGCACACCCCCCUCCGCGUCAGUCCCCGGGCGGCGGCGUCCAUCGGGGGCGUCGCCUCGUUUCGCGGCUACAGAGACUACAUGCGGGGCGAGUUUCACCGCGUCCGCGGGAGCGGGACGGCGCCGGACUAUCGACCACACGCGCACCGCGCCGAGGAGCCUUGUGAGCUCUGCAGCUUUGCGCUGCACCCACCGCCGCGGGAGGCCGCCGCUCUGUCCCCCACGCCGCGCCCAACACCGCGUCGACUCGAGGAUGAGUACGGCGACAGCGACGACAGCUUCGACGAGCUCCGUUACGAAGGAAGGCGCGGUGGAACAUGA